GGACCGUUUCCGGUUUUAAAUAUUAGUCACGGUUUAUGGGGGAUACUGAAAACGCUUUAUCAAUUAGACGCUUGAAGUAAACAAUGGUGAAAUAUUGUUGUGUUCCACUUUGUGGUGGUUUUGGGGGUCACAAGUUUCCCACAGAUCAGGAAUUACUCUUGAAAUGGAGGGUAGCGAUCAAACGGAUGGAUAGGAAAACAAAAAAAUUAUGGAACCCAGGAAAAGAAGACGUUGUUUGCCAUAUACACUUCACAGAAGAUGACUACAAAAUCACCGAAUCAGGUUAGAUCGAGGUCCUAUCAAUCAGUUAUAUAAAGCUGCAUCGUCAAUUGAUUUGUUGAAUUGUUUGAAUUUUUCCUUCUUUCAAAUAUUGAUUUAUAAAGUUUCUUCAUUUUGUCUUGUAUUCGUGUAUUGAUAACGUUCUUUUUUACAUUCUUGAAUGCGUUGCUUUGUGGUUUGUUUUUACUCUUUUUCAGGUGCAACUACUGACAUGUGAGCUAAGCGAAAGAGGCUGCGAGAGUCUACUCAAGAUACAUGUACUCCAAUGAUUGAAGACCUGCCCAUGUAUAUGGAUGAAUUGAUUGUACAUCACGAAGUUGUCGUAGAUCAGUCAUCUACAAGUAUGUCCACAUCCAUGCCAGAAGAAAUGUGUUCAACAGCUGAGAAAGAAAUCCAGUGUGACAUACCUACCUUAGGUAGAUUUUCAAUUGAAGGUAUGAAACUGGACACUAAGAUGCUUUCUUAUUACACUGGUUUGAAUGGCUAUGAUCAUUUCAUGCUUCUUUUUAAUAUUCUUGGGCCAGCAGCUUUUGACUUGAAUUACAAAUGUGGCUUAUUAAGUCCACAAGAUCAGUUGUUUUUAACUCUGAUGAAACUCAGACAAGCAAAAGAAGAUGUGGAACUUGCUAUGCUCUUUAAAGUCUGUGAAUCUACUGUUUCUAAAAUUGUAACAACUUGGAUUAACUUUUUGUAUUUUCAAUUAAAAGAGUUAGAGGAACAAUUCUGGCCUUCUAAAGACAUCAUUAAAGAACAUAUGCCAACAGAUUUUGCUAAAAAGUUUCCCAAUACACGCGUAAUUUUAGAUGCAACCGAGCAACCAAUUCACAAACCAUCAAAUGUUGAGGCACAAUCCAAAACAUGGUCUUCUUAUAAACACAAAAACACGUUGAAAACCAUGGUAGGUGUAACUCCAAAUGGAGCAGUAUCUUAUGUAUCCUCUACUUAUGGGGGCUCUGUGUCUGACAGACAAAUCAUUGAACACUCUACUCUGCUAGAUGUAGGCAAAUUUGAUGCUGGUGACAGCAUUAUGGCAGAUCGGGGAAUUCUUGUUCAAGAUUUAUUUGCGAAUCAGAAUGUUUUUAUUAAUACACCUACGUUUCUCAAGGGCAAAAGCCAACUUGACCCCGAAGAAAUAGUUAGAGAUAGGCGAGUUGCCUCAAAACGUAUUCAUGUAGAGAGGGUGAUUGGGCUUGCAAAGAGGUUCAAAAUUUUGAAACAUGAGCUACCAAUGUCAAAAAUCCCCCUAGCUUCCAGAAUUGUGUACAUUUGUUUUAUGUUGUCAAAUUUUAGGAAUUGCAUUGUUGAUAAAAGUGCUUAAACAUGUGCCAGUAGUAUAUCAAAAUGUACAUGCAUACAUGUCUAAGUUUAAUAAAUGUAUGCCCUGCACAUACAGUGAAUCCCUUGAGAGUUGUGUUCAUAUUUCUGCUUACAAGUUUUAAAUGUAUCGUACCUUUUUUGUAUC